AUGGAAGAUCAACAGACUAAGAUUUAUGUACCCGACACGAACGUAAGCUGGGUUGAGGCCGUUAUUACAAAGAGUCAUGUUGUAAGUGAGACUACGGUCCAAGUGAUGAUUGAAGGUGACUUGAAUGAGGAAUGUGCCGACAAGCAGCCAGAGGCUGGUACAACUCGCACCAUUGACAAGUCAACCAUGUUGUUACAAAAUACAUUACCAUCUCAAGACGGUUGUGCAGACAUGGUAAAUCUGAAUUAUCUUCAUGAACCAGCAAUUCUCUUUAAUCUCAAGCAUCGAUUCCUGAGACAAAUUCCAUAUACAUACACUGGUGCCAUUUGUAUUGCAGUCAAUCCCUAUUCAUGGCUUGAUAUAUACACCAAGGAACUUCAGGAAAAAUAUUUAGAUCGUGAUCGAAGUGAAUUGCCACCUCAUGUUUAUGCAACAAGUGCUGGUGCAUUUCAACAUAUGCGUGUAUAUAAUGAAGAUCAAAGUAUACUCGUUAGUGGCGAAUCUGGAGCUGGCAAGACCGAAACGACAAAGAUUCUCAUGUCUCAUUUGGCAUCCGCUGGUAGUCAAUCCACUUUGGAUGCUCAAGCAAAGGAGACGAGUAUUAUUGAACGUGUUUUGGAUGCAAAUCCAUUGAUGGAAUCAUUUGGUAAUGCGAAAACCUCACGAAACGAUAAUUCCAGUCGAUUUGGUAAAUUCUCGGAACUUCAGUUUGAUACACUUGGUCAAUUGAUUGGAGCUCGAUCUCGUACGUACUUGCUGGAAAAGUCACGUGUAUCGUUACAAGGAUUUGGUGAACGGAAUUAUCAUAUUUUCUACCAGUUACUCGCUGCUCCUGCUGAUAUUACGACCAAAGUAAAAGUUACGGGAAUGGAGGCAAAAGAUUUUCCAUUUAUUAAACCACAUGACGAAGAUUUGGCGAAUGGGAUUGACGUAAGUGCUGGGUUGAGAGAUGCUGAGCGAUUUCAGCAGACAAUAUCGUGUUUGGAAACCAUGAGUGUAUCAAAGGAAGAUCAGAUGAGCAUUUUUAAAAUUGUGGCGGCAAUUUUGCACCUAUCGCGAUUACAAUUUGAGCCAAUGCCUGGCAACGAUGAUGCAUCUCAAUUGACAAGUACACCGGAGAACCAGCACGCGAGUGAGUUGGUAUCGGAGUUGCUGGAGCUUGACGAUAAUCAGUUGCAUACUGCUCUCUGCACGCGUGAGAUGACGGCUGUCAUGGAAACCUACGAAGUACCGUUGAAUGUUUCGCAAGCCGAUGGAGCGCGUACUGCUCUGGGCGUUGCCCUGUACUCGCACAUGUUCUCGUGGUUGAUCCACCGUGUAAACAUAUCAACGAGUGCUUCGCAAGCAGAUGUGGCCCAUAAGAUUUGCAUUCUUGAUAUUUUUGGCUUUGAGAUAUUUGAGAAGAACUCGUUUGAGCAGUUAUGCAUCAACUAUGCCAAUGAAAAGCUUCAGCAGAAGUUUACACAGGAUGUGUUCAAGUCGAUUCAGCAAGAAUACGAGGACGAGGGUAUUCCCUGGACGCGUAUUGAGUUUGCUGAUAACGCCAACGUCCUAUCACUGCUCGAGGGUCGUUUCGGUGUGCUGUCGUUGCUGAAUGAAGAGUGUAUGCGCCCCAAGGGUAGCGAUGCUGCGUUUGCAAAUAAGCUGAAGGCGCACUACAGCGACAACGAUCGCUUUGAGUGUCCGCGUUUUGCACGCGACGCUUUCGUUAUCAAGCACUACGCUGGUCCCGUUCAGUACGAUACGAACGGUUUUUUGAUCAAGAACACGGAUGCACUGCAGAAUGACCUUAUUCUUCUUAUCAAGAAGUCAAAGGCGCCGUUUCUAAAGAAGUUGUUCCCUGAUGAGCAUGUAGGCGAUGCAAUGACCGGUAUUCCGGGAACAGGUGCGGCGACUGCGUCAAAUGUAUUACGUGGACGUCCUGUGAUGAAGCGCAAAAACUCGAUUGUCGCGGAUACAGUUGGUACUCAGUUCAAAAGCCAGCUGAAUGGUCUCAUGGAGGACAUUCGUCGUACUAAUGUGCACUACAUUCGUUGCAUUAAGCCCAAUGGGAAAAAGAGUUCGCAGGUUUUCAACAAGCUGCGUGUAACGGAGCAGUUGCAGUGUGCUGGUGUCGUGGAAGCGGUCCGUAUUAGUCGUAUGGCGUAUCCCAACCGUGUGCUACAGACGAUGUUCCUCGAGCGUUUCCGUGGCGUGGCGUCUGCCACGACAGUCGACGGUAAACCCUCUGCGCUCGCCGUGUUGACCGCUACUGCUGACGAGAACCCCGCCGAUGAGACAAAGGUGGCUGCAGCUGUUCGUGAGCUGCUUGCCACUCACUUAAUGCCGGGCAAGGAAAGCGAGUACCAGGUUGGUAAGACACGAGUGUUCUUUCGACAGGGUGCUCUAGAGGCCCUUGAAGAGCUGCGCACGCGCAGGUUCAAUGCGGCUGCUGUUGUGUUGCAGCGGUACGCUAAGAAGUGGAUGGCCAUGGCGAUGUUCCAAAGGGUAAAGUAUGCAGCUAUUGUGGUGCAAAAAGUAUACCGCGGCCACCGUGCAUCAGUUCAGUACAAGAAGCAGCGCAUGGCUGUUGUCAGUGUGCAGAAGUAUGUACGUCGGCACCGUGCACAGCAACUACUGGUUCGUAUGCGUGAGGUGCACCGAGCUACGCAGAUUCAGAAUGUGUGCAAGAUGUUUAUUGCUCGUCGUAAAUACCUGGUGAAGAUAAAGGCAAUUCGCACGAUGCAAAGUGUUGUGCGUAUGCAUUUGGCUACCAAGGCAUUUUCAGUGCUGCAAAAGCAGGCGAAGGAAGACGCAAAAUUGGAGAACCAGAUUCAGUUGCUGAAAAAGCGUUUGCAGCAGGAGCGUGAAGCGCGUAUUGAGUUGGAGCAGCAGGCGCAAUACGGUAGCCGCGCUUCUGUUCACAUGCGUAGCGAGGAGGCCCUUGAGGAUGCCGAUCUGGUGAUUGACCAGCUUCGUCGAGAAAAUGCGGCCCUUAAGGAGGCCAACACGAAUUUAAAAGCAUUUGGAGUGCAGCUUCGCAAAGAGAAGGAAGUGAUGGAGCGUGGUGCUUACGUGAACGGUGCGUCCUUUGCUGCCGCCAAUCAGCGUGCAAUGAAGCUGCAAGACGAGAACGAGGCGCUGAAAAGCGAGCUAGCGCGUUACAAGACGGGUCACCGCAAUUUGAAGGCCCAGCACGCUGGUGUGAUGGAAAAGAUCACGCUGAUGCAAAGCUCUUUGAGUGAGGCGCUAAAUGAGCGUCAGGCACUACGUCAUACUGUAGACCAUCUAAAGCAGCACACGGAGCACUUGCAGGGUGAGAACAUGGCGUUGGCAAAGGCAAACGCACGCCUUCGUCUGAUCCUUCGUCAGGACCCGGAGCUGAGUCGCAAGCACCGCGAAGAGGUUCCUCGCUUGACGAAGCUGGCGCUGGUAUCAAAACAGCCCCAGCCUAAGGUUUCAAUCAGCAAGACGGUUGCUCCUCCGUCCCAGGUCAUUGAGCUUUCGGAUCCUGUUGCAGGCAAUCGUGUGUCACUGCCAGCGCUGCAGCCACCUGCUCCUCCUAUGGAGUCUCCUUUGGCUUCUAGCCAGCCGCAGAUUACUCCAAUCAAGCGCGCCAACUCACUGUCUACUAAGAAGCUAUCCCAUGAAAGCUCCAAGUCGUCGCGUGUGGUAAACAUUCGUGAAAUUUCGGUCGCUGGUCCGGAAGAGGAACCUCUUGUGAUUCUGUCGCCUACGGCCGAGGUGGUUGGCGAGCGCUUGUCGUUUGCUGAGGUUAUUAAGGGCCGCGAUCGCCGUUCAUCGUCUGUGUCAAGUACGGGUUCCUCUUCUGGCACCCCGGCCGCAAAUGCUGGUGUUAGUGCUCCUACCAAAACCGUGGGCAUUCGCCAGCCUACGGGUGAGGACGGUCCUCUCGCAGCACCAGGCAAGGUUAUGGGAAUUGUGAUCGAGGGCGAGCCUGAGGAGAGCAAUGAUCGCGUGAGUUUUAGUGUGACGCUGGGAGUGGACAUGCUGGAAGAUGCAAAGCAACAGCAACAACAGCAGCAGCAACAGCAUCAGCGCGUAUCACUGACCAGCACGGCGCCUGCUACGAAACAGGCAAACAUGAACGGCACAGGCAAGUCCAAGGGUCGCUUACGCCGGAGCUCAUUUGAUCGCUCCGAGUCUGCUAAUAACGGCGAGAGUAGACGCAACUCUACAUUACGGCAGUCGUUCUCAGGCAGCGUUGAGAACGGACGCUCUCGUCGUGGCUCAUACGACCGCAACGAGUAUGGUGGCAGUGACACUGCGAGGAAUUCUUCGCUUCGACAGUCGCUCACGGGCGGUAAUCACCACCACGGUGGCAAUCGUGGACGCUCUCGCCGUGGGUCAUACGAUCGCAACAGCAACCACAAGAGUCGCCAAACUAGCGACACCGGGAGCAAUGCGAGCAACAGCAGCGGUGGCAAGCGCAUUGAGCUGUAA